CCUCCUCUGCUUUCUGAGCCUGGGCUGGAGGUGGGAGCGGGAACCGACGCUCCCCCUAACUUACUGCCUUUUGCCUAAGCAGAAAAAGGGAACGAUGCUGAUCUGGCGAAGAAAGAAGGGAUUCUCCUAACCCCGCCUGAACCACGGAGCAGUGACAAUCAAGAAACAAGAAAGGAAGAGACACCACUAAGCCAGUGGAGUCUGGGGAAAUAACCAGAGCAGCUCCUGAUUAUCAGCAACCCCUGGACCAGGCCACUGUGUGGAGGAGGCGGAGUUCUGUGAGACCCUGGCUACGAGCCAACUGAGAGCAAUUUGCCUGCACCUGCCGGACUGAGUGGCAGUCCAGAGCCCAGGAGCAGCAGCUGGCUGCAGUGUGCAGAGGCAGUGAAGAUGAGAAUAGAGGGGAGUGCCGCACCAUCCCCCCUCCCAACCUCGGACACAAGUGUGGUCAGCUCCACCUUCUCUGUUGUAGACUAUGUAGUAUUCAUCCUGCUGCUGUUGUUCUCCCUGGCCAUUGGACUCUACCAUGCUUGUCGCGGUUGGGGUCGCCAUACCGUUGGCCAGCUGCUGCUGGCUGACCGCAAAAUGGGCUGCCUUCCUGUGGCUUUGUCACUGUUGGCCACCUUCCAGUCAGCUGUGGCCAUCCUGGGUGUGCCCUCAGAGAUUUACCGAUUUGGGACCCAGUAUUGGUUCCUGGGCUGCUCCUACUUCCUGGGGCUGCUAAUCCCUGCUCACAUCUUCAUCCCUGUCUUCUACCGCCUGCAUCUUACCAGCGCCUAUGAGUACCUGGAGCUACGAUUCAAUAAAGCAGUGAGAGUCUGUGGAACUAUGACCUUCAUCUUUCAGAUGGUGAUCUACAUGGGGGUUGUGCUCUAUGCUCCAUCCUUGGCCCUCAAUGCAGUGACUGGCUUUGAUCUGUGGCUGUCUGUGCUGGCCCUAGGUGUUGUCUGUACUGUCUAUACUGCACUGGGUGGGCUGAAGGCUGUCAUCUGGACAGAUGUAUUCCAGACACUGGUCAUGUUCCUAGGGCAGCUGGUGGUUAUCAUCGUGGGGUCUGCCAAAGUGGGCGGCUUGGGACGUGUGUGGGAUGUGGCUUCCCAGUAUAAUCUCAUUUCUGGAAUUAAUCUGGAUCCCGACCCCUUUGUGAGGCAUACUUUUUGGACAUUGGCCUUCGGAGGUGUCUUCAUGAUGCUCUCUUUAUACGGAGUGAACCAGGCUCAGGUUCAGCGCUACCUCAGUUCCCGCACGGAGAAGGCUGCUGUGCUUUCCUGCUACGCUGUGUUCCCUUGCCAGCAGAUAGUCCUCUGCAUGAGCUGCCUCAUUGGUCUGGUCAUGUUUGCCUAUUACAAGGAGUACGCCAUGAGCACCCAGCAGGCUCAGGCGGCCCCCGACCAGUUUGUUCUCUACUUCGUGAUGGAUCUCCUCAAAGGCCUGCCAGGCCUACCUGGGCUCUUCGUUGCAUGCCUCUUCAGUGGCUCUCUCAGUACCAUCUCCUCAGCGUUUAACUCACUGGCAACUGUUACAAUGGAAGAUCUGAUCCAGCCCUGGUUCCCUGAGUUCUCUGAAGCCCACGCCAUCCUGCUUUCCCGGAGCCUUGCCUUUGGCUAUGGGCUCCUUUGCCUGGGAAUGGCCUUUAUUUCCUCCCAGAUGGGACCUGUGCUACAGGCAGCAAUCAGCAUCUUUGGCAUGGUCGGGGGACCGCUGCUGGGACUCUUCUGCCUUGGGAUAUUCUUUCCUUGUGCCAAUCCAUCUGGUGCCAUUGUGGGCCUGCUGGCUGGACUCAUCAUGGCCUUCUGGAUCGGCAUUGGGAGCAUAGUGACCAACAUGGGUUCCGGCAUUCCACAUCCUUCCUUUAAUGGGUCGAGCUUCUCCCUGCCCAGCAACCUGACCAACACCACUGUGGCUACCCUGAUGCCUUCUACCACCCUUUCCAAGCCCACUGGACUGCAGCGGUUUUACUCCUUGUCCUAUUUAUGGUACAGCGCUCACAACUCCACCACGGUCAUUGUGGUGGGCCUGAUUGUCAGUCUGCUCACUGGAGGAAUGCGGGGCCGGCACCUGGACCCCCGGACCAUUUACCCUGUGCUGCCAAAACUCCUUGCCUUCCUUCCCUUGUCCUGUCGGAAUCGGCUUUGCUGCCGAAGCUGCCACCAGGAUGUCCCCAGGGACACAAACCUGUUUCCAGAGAAGAUGAACGGGGUGCUGCAGGAUGGCAGAGUCAAGGAUGCAAUGGCUGAGGAUGGCUCAGCCCACCAGGGGUGCAGCCCCACCUUCAUUGUUCAGGAGACCUCCCUGUGACAGACCCCGGACCCCACAGCCUCUGUUCAUGCUGUCAGGCAGCAGCCGGAAGCCACCCUGUAGUGUGGGGAGGGUCAGGAUGACCUAGCCCACACCAGAGGACUUUGUUCCUAAAGCUUCUUGCCUGUCCUGGAACCUGUUGAAUUUUGGGGGCAGGAGCAUAGCACAGCGUUUUUCCUUGUCUUGACAGUCUUUGCUCUUUGGACCAGGAUGAUUGCAACCAGUAGGACGAGUUGGGUGCUAGUGGCUCAUGCCUGUAAUUCUUGCUACUCAGGCUCAGGUCCGGAGGAUCAUCUCAAAGCUACCAUGGGCAGAACAGUCCUUGAUACUCCAUUUCCAAUUUACCAGCAAAAAGCCAGGCUGGAGGUGUGGCCUUAGAGUGCCAGCUUUGGCACUGACACACACACACACACACAUACACACACACACACGGUUGUAUCAAAAAUGAGGGUAGAAAUGAGCCACUGGGAAAAGGAUAAUGGGUUCUGUUAACAUCGCCAGGGUCCUUUUUAGUGAUUCGAAACAUCACUUCCUGCCCUUAGGCCCAAUUUGGUAAGAUUGAUCAACUCCAUCAUAGAGUUGAGGCUGCCUUGGCCAAAUGCUUCUCUUGGCAUCCUAUCCCAGCACCAAUUCUGUCUGCCAGAGUGGGCCCUGUGAUUGUUUUCAGGUUGUCUAUAACACUCAAGCCUCUCAGCACAGUCCAAUAUGGUCAUCUAUGUGUAGAAUAGGCAGGUGUUCUGUUGUCACAGACCCUACUCUUCACUGAAGUGCUCUGGUGCAGAAGACAUGUGGCUCCAAGGAAUUGGUGCUGUUAGCAGGUCCUCUGGAGUGUGCUGUCCUCUCAGCUCCUCUGCCAGGCCACCGUGGUAUCACCUGUAAUCCAUACUCCUAUUUCUUUUUGGAGUUUAUCCCUCAAACAUCUUUGUUCCUAGGGAAUAAAAAUAGCUGUUAGACCAAGA